CGCACCUUUGACCAGUCACAAUCCGUCUAAGCGGCCGUGAGCUUGGGCACCGAACCAGAGGAUGAGUUGAUGUCAACAUUUUACCCCCGUUUGUUUGUUGUGUAAUGAAUUAAUCUACAACCCUCGCAUACAUAUAGUGAAUGGUUUGAAAAAAUUCCGAAAAUGUCGCAAUAUGGUUCUGCGUCCAAAAACCCGCCAUGGGCUCGUAACACAGAUGUCAGCAAUGUCACUGUUCAGCAACAGCUGCAGUCACAAAUGAUAAACCAGUUGGGUCAGCAAGUUAUGUAUCAACAGCAGUCUCAAGUGUUCCAGCCUCCCAUGGGUCUCCAACAGGUUGCUAACAGCAACAUGUUGCCUCAAUUGAACCAAUCAUCUGUAAAUUUACCAGGCUUGAACACUGCUCAGUUGUAUGGCCAAUCCUCUACAGUCAGUUAUCCUGUGCCUCGAGCCCUGAACUCGACUGCUUUUGGUGCUGGCCCUGUAACACAGCAACUCCCACCCAAUCAGCAGCCCCCUUCCAAUCAACCACCAAAACAAAGAGUGUUUACUGGUACUGUAACAAAGGUUCAUGACAACUUUGGUUUUGUGGACGAGGAUGUCUUUUUUCAAAUGAGCUGUUGUGUGAAGGGCUCAAAUCCUCAAAUUGGAGACAGAGUGCUGGUUGAAGCAUCAUUCAAUCCUAACAUGCCUUUCAAGUGGAAUGCAACCAGACUGCAAGUGCUCUCUUUGCAAAAUCAAGGUCCUGCUCCUGUAGCUCGCAAAGGUUUUUCUGAUGCUCCCAACAAUUACAGCUCUGUUCCACCACCUGUUGUGGACCGUUCAGACGAUAUUGGUAUGAAUAAUUUCUCUCGUUCCCGCUCCCCACGUCGAGACCGUAUUCGCAGAGAGGCGGAUUCCAGAGAGGAAAAUGACGACCGCAAGAGAAGGAGAGACUCCAACGACAGAUCAAACAGGGACAGGGAUCGUGAAAGGGAUCGUGAGCGCGAACGGGAGCGCGAGCGGGAUCGGGAUCGUGAUCGGGAAAGGGAGAGGGAAAGAGAGAGGGAUAAGGACAAAGAGAAAGGGUCCACCAGGAGUCCCUCUGUCAGGAAGAGGAGCAAGAGCCCGAGGAAGCGUCGCGUGCGCCCGGCUCCACGCUACAUGGUUCAUGUGCCAAAGAUUGCCUUGGAUGUUCCGGACGCGGAUGUUCUUGAGCUUCGACGACGUUACAGCAACAUGUAUAUCCCCUCCGAUUUCUUCUUGUCUAACUUUCGCUGGGUCGAUGCCUUUCCCCCAAACAAUCCAUUUACCAUGGACCAGCCCUGUUCUUUCCACAUCAUGCAUCGCGACACGGAGCCUCUGACUGAUAACGCAGCUCUACUAGACCCUCCAGAUGCUGAUUAUUUGUUUUCUGCAAAGGUUAUGCUCAUGAGUAUGCCUCAAAUGGGAGAAUUUCUAAAGAAGUGUUGCCAAAUGAGUGAGGACAUUGAUCCAGAAUCUGAAGCAGAGGGCCGUGAUUUUGUUCACCCAACCAGGCUUGUCAACUUUCUUGUUGGUCUUCGUGGUAAGAAUGAGACCAUGGCAAUUGGAGGACCAUGGAGUCCCUCUCUUGAUGGUCCUAAUCCUGAGAAAGACCCACAAGUUCUGAUACGCACUGCCAUACGGAACUGCCAGGCACUCACAGGCAUUGAUCUGUCUACCUGCACUCAGUGGUACCGGUUCCUGGAGAUUUACUACCGUCGAGGCGAGACUACUCACAAGGGCAAGCUGGUGGCGGCGCGGGUUGAGACAGUGGUACUCUUUCUGCCAGAUGUUUGGAGCUGUGUGCCAACCAGGCUGGAGUGGGACGGGCUUCAUCUCAACUACAAACGGCAGCUGGAUCGCAAGCUCAAGGCGCUGUUGCAGAUCGACUACGACGAGGAUGCAGCCACCGUUGAUGAAAAGGAGAGUGAAGAGGCCUCAGUCAUCAAAAGGGAGCCUACUCCAUGGAAUCGUCUUGAUACAAAAUCGUUGAAGGUGUCAGAGUUGCGUGAAGAAUUAGAGGCACGUAGCAUGAGCUCCAAGGGUCUGAAGAAUCAGUUACUUGCAAGACUGCAAAAGGCCCUGAAGUCCGAACAAGAAGCUGAGGAGAAAGGAGUUCCAGAAGAAAUUGUGCCAGAGGUUCCCAAGGAAGUUGAGAAGACAGUAGACAAGAUGGAAGACGAUGAAAAUAAAAAGAAAGAGGAUGAAGAGAGAAAGAAACAAGUAGAGAAAGAAAAAGUGGUCCUAGAGAAACGUUAUGAGCUGCCUGACCAUCCCCAUGUAAUUGUCCACCCAAAUAAAUUGGCAAAAUCUGGCAAGUUUGAUUGCACAAACAUGUCUCUUUCUUUGCUUUUGGACUAUCGGCAGGAUGAUACAAAGGAACAUUCCUUUGAAGUUUCUAUCUUUGCUGAGUUAUUUAAUGAAAUGCUUAUGAGAGAUUAUGGAUUCCGUAUCUACAAAUCAUUGUAUGAAGCUGCUGAAAAAGUAAGAGAAGAGGAACGUGAAAAGGAACGUAAAAAGAAAGAGGAAAAAGAGAAAAAAGAAAAGGAAGAAAAAGAAAAACCUGUGAAAGAGGGAGAUGAUAAAGAAGAAUCGGAGAAAGAACCGGAUGCUGAAAAGAUUACUGAAGACCUUAGUGAGCAGGAAGUCUCACAGGAUGGAGACAAGAGAAGUAGAGAUGGUAGAGAGGAAAGAGAAGACAAAGAUAAAAAAGACAAGGACAGAGACAGUAAAGACAGGGAGAAAAAGAAAAAGGAAAAAAUGAUGACAAUCAAUCCCCAACUCUUGUUGGCAUUUGUUUAUUUUGAUCAGUCCCAUUGUGGUUACAUUUUGGAUAAAGAUGUGGAAGAAUUAAUGUAUGCUUUAGGACUAAACCUCUCUCGUGCCCAAGUGCGGCGCUUAGUUCAAUCUGUAUUAAGCAAAGACUUAAAAGACUCUAGAGAAAAUAGAGAGGCAUUAUUUUAUCGUCGGUUGACUGACAAACCGAAGCCUGAGGAAAAUGGAACUACUGAAAAUUCAGCUGAAGAGCCAGCCAAUGAUAUCAAAUCCAAUGACAUUGAAGUUCCUCUGGUUGGUAAUAGAAGUUUGUUACCCAUUUUCACACUAAAUGACUGUGGAUCUCCACCAUCCAAACGUGCCAGGAUUGACAGGAGUGAACAAGCUUCAAAUGUUGCAGAAGGUUUUGUUAUGUUUAAGGGAGGGUUACUAGAUGUAGAGAAGCUAACUGAGCAACUUAAAAGGUCUGAAAAAGCUCGUGUUGAUACAGAGGCAAUCCUAAUAUCUCUGAGAGAAGAAUUGAGCUCAACCAAGAAGUCAGCUGAGUCUGCAUCAAGUACUGUACAAGAGCUUACUACCAAAGUAGAACAGCUGAAUGAUCAACUUUUUACAACAACUGAGCAACUCAACAGCACACAGGUAAAAUCUGAAAUGUAUGUGUCAACUCUCAAGGGAAUUCAAGACAACAUCAAUAGGGUGCUUCCAGCUGUUUCACCGAAGAAUGAGAAUUGUAGCGACAUGGCUAUUAAAGAUGAGCCUAGUUCCUAAAAGGAUUCAUAGUAUUGAAAUAGAGUUGAUAAAAAUAGGUAGUUAUCAUUCAUCACAUAAGCUGACUGAAACUCAUGUUUGUUUGUUUUUUUAAUUUAGUUUUUUUGUUGUUGUUGAGGAACUUCAGCAAUAAAUACUAAUUGCACGUUGUUAAUCAGUUGGAGAGUUUAAGCAAAUCUUGACUUUUAGCUAAACUAAAGCCUAAUGAAAUAUCUGAUCUUAAAAUCCAUAUUUUAUCAAAUGAUUUCAAGCUCUAUUGGGAAACAAAAACAUCUAUAUAAAUGUCACAUGUUUCUGCCUCAUAUUAUGUGGAAUUAUCAAGCAUUACCUAAACAUGUUGUUCCUUACUUUGCGCUUUUCGGAAACCCCAAUAUAGUCUUUAACUUCUCUUCCUUUUAGAGAUUCAUUGAGUUGAGUUUUGAUAGAAUUGUUACUUAAUCAUGUUACAUCUGUUACUAUCUCAAAGGCUGGUAAAUAUACCACCUAUCUGAGUAGAAAUCAAAGUGUAUUGUUUUCUGAUAUCAUCACUGGGUUAUCACUGCAGAUCUGCACAGUUGACUACUAUAUAGAUAUUAUACUGUUGUCCAACUGUGAUUAACUAUUAUUCAAUGCAUUAGAUCUUAAAAUUUUGGGGGCGAAUGAGGCAUUUAAAUAAGUUUGUACCCCUUAAGAGUGACUUUAACUAUGUAUGUAUUCAGCAAUUCUGAGCCUCUAUCUAUCCCAGUUUGUUUUGUUGUUUUUUUUUAAAUUCAUUUUAAUGUGUACUUAUAUGUACAAGCCACUCAAUUGCUGAAAACUAGUCUAAUUUCUCUAGUUCUAAUACCAGAUAAAUAACUCUCUAAUUAAAUAGAUAAAUAAUCCAAACUGUUAGUGUUAUGAGCCUGGCUUUAUAAGAAUGUGUGUCUUCCUCCAUUAGUCAAUCAUUAAAUUUGGAAACUUUAUAGAGUGAUGAAUUCACCAGAUUCUAUUGUAUUUUUGGUCUUCUUGUUAUAUUUGAAGAAAGGGAUAAUCUAAUCUAACUAUAUUCAAUCUGUUGUGCGAUUGGUUAUUGAAAGAGAAGCAAUGCAGUAUUUGUAAAUGUGUGUCAAUUAUGCUGUGUUAUGUCAGUCUUGAAAACAUUGACAUGCUAUAUACUAGACCCUGAAGUAGUGAGGCUCAUGGACUCGCCAAAAUAUCAGACCAUGUAUAGAUUUUGUGCAAGUAUCGGCUUCAGGCCUUGGAUGAAACAUGAUUGAUGUAGAGACGGCAACUGGUUUUGUGCCUUUGAACUAGAUUCUGGCAGUGGAAUCGUAAGCACGUAUUCGUGGUACCCUUUUUAACACAAUUGUGUAUGGACUUGAAAAAUUGUACACAAGGAACUACUGUCAUGGCUUGUUGCCUCUCCUCUUCUAAUGAUGGGGUCGAUUGUGUGCUGUCAUUAAAUAGUCUUACUGCAAAGGUUCGUCCUUAAAUGCAACUUUUAUUGCUUGUAUAAUAAUAAAUAGUGUUGUGAUAAGUA